GAACAUAUAUUCAGUAAUGUUGUGUUGUUAUCGUAUCUAGUUGUUUGUUGUAUCGUCUCUUUUUGUCGAUUCUUUAUUAGAAGACAAAUUAUUGAACCAAGGUCCUAAUGACUACUUGCAAGUAGUCAAAAUAUUAAUAAUUUAGAAAAUCAUUUACCAAUUGAUGUAAUUCUGGAGGGUUAAUUUCAUCAUGUAUAAAUAUUCAUCAACCGUCGUAGUAGAUUAUGUUCAUUAAAGAUGUUAACUCUUAGAAAAAUUCUUUUAAUGUAAAAAGUUCUAUAUCGUACUUUCCGGUCUUUAUAAUGAGAUAGUUUUAAAAAGCCCAUCAAAAACUAACAUACUUGUCGAUUGCUUCCAUCUACAGAACAUCACACAGUACACUAAUCUAUAUGUUGAAUCACCUGGAUUAGAAGUUAUACAACAAAUAGUCGAUAAGAUCUUAUCAACAACAGGAACUAAUUUACGUGAUAUAGGAUGUUACUCAAAGGUCAAUUACUCGAAAUCUGACUCUGCUUCUCAUAAUUUACUUAUGUUUUGUAAGAGUAACAGUUAAAUAAAUGUAUUGGAAAAAACUAUUUUUAACUUACAAACAGAGAAUGUAUCUAUACAAAGAAUAUUAACUGUGAUAAUAAUACGUUUGUUCAAUUUAAAAAAAUAUGAUGUCAGGGGAUGAAAAUUAGUGUACUGAAAUAAUUGAAAGACGAAGGUUAUUGUUGACAGCCAUGAACUUCCGUACUAUAGAUUCUAGAGUGUAACUUUAUUUCUCCAUUCAGGUUAUAGACUUAUGGUUUAUAUCUUUAUUGUGUAGAUUUGUUUGUUUAUUAAAUUAUUCUGAAAUGAUACCAGCCGACUCCCAACUACAACUAAUGCGAGAAUCAAUUCUCUCGUACAAUUUCCACCUACUCAAAAAGAAUACACCACUUCAGGAAUAUUUCGAGUAACGGUAUGUUAUGUUUAAGACUAGAACAUAGGGAUUAAUUAAUCCUUGAGUUUUAAUAAGAAUGAAUUAAUGUGACGUAUGCUAGUAGCAUUUUAACCUGAGGACAAUUAAGCGUUGGUAUAUGUAUAAAUCAUUCAGAGAUUGAUAGGGAGCUACUACGUACUGCGUAUCAUUUGUUCACAAAUGCCCUCUUGCUUGAUAGCAUUAAAACCUUAACAUCUCAGGGAAAACAAAAUAUGGCUAAACUUUUAACUUGUAAUUGUACAAUUUCAAAAAUACGCUUUCAUGAUGUCGUAAAAUUCAUCAUUGAUAUUGUUUGUUCUUAUUUUAAAUAUAAUAUUCCUUUUGUUUAAACUAUUCCCACUAUACUAAUAAAGUUACUAGAUAUCAUCAAUCUAAGCUAGAUUAUUGAAUAUGUUCAAUUGCUUAGCCGUUCUUCCUUACAUGUCUUUAUCAUUUUUAUCAUUAUUUUACAACAGAUUUAAUCUCUAGGUUCCUCCCACCUAUUCUUAUUUGGAUAAUCAUAUUUAUAACAAUUUCAACUAUCCCUCUAUCAUUGAUAUAUUGUAUACAAAUUAGGCGUAAGUCAAUGCAAACUGUGCUAUCUAUACCUAUUGAUUUUUUGGAUAAAAAUGCAAAAUCGAAACGUGUUGAUGUUUUCCGUAAAAUGAAUUUACUGUACACAAAGCCAGAACAUAAAUUAUUGUUGCAUCACUCCGGCUCUUCUACAUCGUCGUCGCCACCAUCGUCGUCAUUAUCUUCCCCGUUAUCACCAUGUACAAUAUAUUCUCGAUCUGGUUCUUCUAACAUCAGUAGUGUCGAUACAGAUACAAAACAUAAGAUAAUAGAUAUACUUACGUCAUUUUCACAAAGAUUACUAUGUCAACCAUCCAAAUAUUUUUCACAAAAAUAUAACGUUCUACAAUGUAACGUAAUGCUGUUACGAUGGUUAAAUCAGUAUUUGAAUUCUAGUCCUAAAACAUAUAUACCGAAAUCAUCUUUUACUCUAGAAAAUCUCCUUGGUGAAGGUAAUUAUGGAAUUGUUUAUAAAGGAAAGUUAUCCAUUAAUGCUGACGACGAAAGCAAUUCUAGUGAUACUGAGAUUGCUAUCAAAACGUUGAAAGAUGGAUUUCGAAAUAGGCAAUUAAUUAAUUUAAUUCGAGAAGCGAAAGUUUUAAUUGAGCUAGAACCACAUCCAAAUAUCAUUAAAUUUCAUGGACUAUGCAUAGAUAAUAAUCAUCCAUACAUUCUUCUCGAAUUAGCUGUUCAUGGUAAUUUACGAGAUUUUCUACGAAAUCGUCGACCACCUGGACUCAAUUAUUGGGCAGACGAACGAACAAUCAAUUCAUUAUAUGUAAUUGUGAAAAAUUCAAAUGAUUUCAAAGAAUUUUUAUCUGAUAGUAGAAUUAGACAACAAAGAGUAGAAUUGUUAAAAUUUGCAUUGGAUAUUGCCAAUGCUUUAUUGUAUUUUGAAACAUUAUCUUUGUUUCAUCGAGAUGUUGCAGCAAGAAAUGUUGUUCUUACAGAAGGAUUUGUUGCGAAAUUAUGCGAUUUCGGUUAUGCAUGUACCCAAGAAGAAUCAAAUAAUGGAUACAUGGAAAUGGAUAAAGAUUACUUAGCAGUAAGAUGGAUGGCACCAGAGUGUUUGAUGACAACGAAAUGUUAUACUUCAAAAUGUGAUGUUUGGUCUUAUGGGAUUCUGUUGUGGGAAUUAUUCAGUUUGGGUAAUUCACCAUACCCUGGAUUAGAUAAUGGACAACUAAUCAACUGGUUAAAUAAUGGAAAUCGUAAUCCUAGACCAUACCUAUCCACCAACUCAAUCUACCAGUUGAUGCUAGAGUGCUGGUCACAAGAUCCCGAUAGUCGACCAAGAUUUUAUGACAUUUGUAACCGAAUUGCUGAAAUGAAAUCCAGUUAUGAUGACCCGAAGGAAAACAAUGAUUCAAUGAAGGGAUACGUUGAAUUAAUGUUGGAGCACGAAGAUUACUUGGAACCGCGACAGUAUUUACACUAG